CAGGUCUUAGCCAGGUCCCGGCGAGGCGGGAUCGCAGGAGCCGGCCGAGGGCGCUCCCGCGCAGCUGGCGGGGGAGGGGCUGCGGAGGCGCGGUGCCUUUAAGCCCGGGCGCCGGGCUCACAGCCCCGCCUCCCGGAGGACGCCCGGGCGCGCGGCCGCCGGAGCCGCGGUUUAAUUGGGGCUGUCAGGCCGCGGCACGCGCGGAGGGCCGGCCGGGCGGGACUGAGGCCGGAGGCUGGGAGGCCCGGGCGGCGGGCGCGCGGCUCGGCGGGAGGCGGGCGCCCGGAGACGCGGCUGGGGCCAGUGCGGCCCGGGCGCCGUCCCAGGGCUGGGUUGCCCGGCCCCGGCCCCAGCCCCGGGCUCCCCAUGAAAAACCAGCUCCGCGGGCCCCCAGUGCGGGCGCACAUGUCGGCUUCGGGGGCGGCGGCGGCUGGGGGCACCCGGGCGGGGUCGGAGCCCGGUGCGGGAUCUGGGUCCGGCGCAGGCAUCGGGGCGGGAGCGACGACAGGAGCGGGGGCCAUGCCCUGCAAGAGCGCCGAGUGGCUGCAGGAGGAGCUGGAGGCGCGCGGUGGCGCGUCCCUUCUGCUGCUGGAUUGCCGGCCGCACGAGCUCUUCGAGUCGUCGCACAUCGAGACGGCCAUCAACCUGGCCAUCCCGGGUCUCAUGCUGCGCCGCCUGCGCAAGGGCAACCUGCCCAUCCGCUCCAUCAUUCCCAACCAUGCCGACAAGGAGCGCUUUGCCACGCGCUGCAAGGCAGCCACCGUGCUGCUUUACGACGAGGCCACGGCUGAGUGGCAGCCCGAGCCCGGCGCUCCUGCCUCGGUUCUCGGCCUGCUCCUGCAGAAGCUGCGAGACGACGGCUGCCAGGCCUACUACCUCCAAGGUGGUUUCAACAAGUUCCAGACAGAAUACUCAGAGCAUUGUGAGACUAACGUGGACAGCUCGUCCUCUCCGAGUGGCUCGCCACCCACCUCCGUGCUGGGCCUGGGGGGCCUGCGCAUCAGUUCUGACUGCUCGGAUGGCGAGUCAGACCGAGAGCUGCCCAGCAGUGCCACUGAGUCGGAUGGCAGCCCUGUGCCAUCCAGUCAGCCAGCCUUCCCAGUCCAGAUCCUGCCCUACCUCUACCUCGGCUGUGCCAAGGACUCUACCAACCUGGAUGUACUUGGCAAGUACGGCAUCAAAUAUAUCCUCAAUGUCACACCCAACCUGCCCAAUGCCUUUGAGCAUGGCGGUGAGUUCACCUACAAGCAGAUCCCCAUCUCUGACCACUGGAGCCAGAACCUCUCUCAGUUCUUCCCGGAGGCCAUCAGCUUCAUUGAUGAAGCCCGCUCCAAGAAGUGUGGCGUCUUGGUGCACUGCCUAGCAGGCAUCAGCCGCUCGGUGACGGUUACUGUAGCCUACCUGAUGCAGAAGAUGAACCUGUCCCUCAACGAUGCCUAUGACUUCGUUAAGAGGAAAAAGUCUAACAUCUCGCCCAACUUCAACUUCAUGGGGCAGCUGCUGGACUUUGAGCGGACGCUGGGGCUCAGCAGCCCGUGCGACAACCACGCACCCAGUGAGCAGCUCUACUUCUCCACGCCCACCAACCACAACCUGUUCCCGAUCAACACACUCGAGUCCACGUGAGGCCUGAUGCACUAAUGGGCGCGGCACCAGGGUCUCCCAGCCUUCCACAGGGCCUGAUGAGGGGGGCCUUCGCCUGCUGCUCCCCUGGCCUGAAGAAUCCACAGAUGUCACCUGUGUCCAGAGAACCAGGCUGAGCAGUGGAUGAGCUCCCAUGUUGUCUUUGGCAGGGCCCACAGCAAGGCCGCUGUGGUAGCACUCGCCAGAGUGGCUUCAGCUUUCCAGACGUGUUGCUGAGGUGAGCAUUGGCCUCAACUUUCAGACUUGUUGCUUGGAGGCCAGCGGGGCCUUGUCUCUACCCCAGGACAUCAUUCUGCUGAUGGCCCGGCCAUUCUGACUGUUUUUAAAGACAUAUCCACAGACCUGAGUUUACUACUUCUGGCAGGUAAAUCCAAGCUCCCUGGAGCAGAGUGUUCAAGCUCUUCUCAAUUUUUCUUUCUUUCUUUUUUUUUUUAAACAAAAAGUGUUAUUUUUCAGGCUACAUGCGUCAUUGGGUUGUAGAAACCAAUAUUUCACCCUUUUCUUAAUCUGCAAGAGAGAGAGAGAUGUGUUCUCGGUUUCUUCCUAUUUCAAAAAACAACCAUUGGUGUGUGUUAUUUUUGUUUUCAAUGGAAAAGACAAACCACAUGUUCCUGACCAAAUGCAUUUUGCACAUGUGUGAAGCCUCUGUUUUCCCAGCAGGCCAUUCUUGAAAGGGUGGGUUGCUGCUUUCUGGGCAUUAGUUCCCCCGGUUAUACCAUCUCCUGCCUGUGGCCCAGCCCAGUUCAGUGCCACACUGCACUGACCAGUUGCUGCGGGCUGUGCAUGGUGGGCACUGGUGGCCUUUGCGUUGUCUGCCCUCCUACCCACCUUCUGAGAGUCCUGCAGAUCUCUCUGAGGCAGAAGGUGGUGGUUCUGCCAUGUCUUGCUGGCGUGGUGCUGCAGGGGAAGGCCAAGCAGUAGGAUUAGCCGUGUGGGCUCAGCCCCUAAGAAGUCUGGGCCCUGGCCCUUUCGUAAGUUACCCACCGCCUGUGUCAUCCUCUCUGUCUCUACCUGGGAACAGAGCCCACAGUGCCUGGGUAAGCAUGGAUGAUGGGGCACACCCCGCUUCCCAGUCUUGUCCCUUGUCUUCACGGUGGCUUUGAUCCAGUUACCACUUUCAGCCCCCUUGCCCAGGUGCACGCCUGCCCUAGCCUGUGUUGCCCAUGCCUUUUACCUGCAGGCAACUUAACAUCCAUUGCAGCCCAAGGGCUGGGGCAGGAGGGGCAAGGACAGGCCGGUGGAGGGAGUGUGAGGCUCUGUCUGCCACUCAGUGUCCAAAGCCACGGGUUCCGUAAUGCUCCUCUAGUUUGGUUCCUUUCCAAGCCUCUUCUCUUCAGAAACCAUGAGAAAUGGGAAGGGGGUGCUGGGGUCCUACUGGAACCAGCACCCACAGUGGGCAGUGAGGAGGCCACAGAAAUGCCACCCCACCACAGCUUACCUCACAGGGUGGUUUUCAGGGAUUCUUUAGGGCAGCAGCUUAAAAUCUUGCCACAGUUGAGAAAUUGACAAAAACAUCCAUGCUGUACAUUGUAUACAUGGUCUCUCUCUCUCUCUCUCUUUCUCUCUUUCUCUCUUAUUUUUAAAAAGAAAAACCCAGAAAGAUGGAUCAGAAUGUAAAUGAGGGUAUACCAGAGGGUGGCCAGUUUUGCUUUAUGAUCUUAUGAAGGAAAAUUUGUGACCCUACAUAUAUAUAUAUAUACAUAUACACACACACGCACAUACACACACACAUACACACACACACAUAUAUAUAUCCCGAGCCAGCAACGGGACUUUGUUUA